AAUUCAUUGUUUAUCAUUUACUUGUUGGUGUAACUUUUGCCUGUUGAUAAUUUUUUCUUCUGGUUGAUUAAUAUUAAUUGUCACUUUCUAAUUGUCAUCUAAUUGUGUCACCUUUUAACCGUUUGUGAUAUUCUUGUGGUAACAACAUUUCCAUCACUUUGAUAACCAUCAUCACAAAACUAUGGCUCAAACUGUUGAUGAUCUAGUGCUUCUCAAUGAGAUUAAUUGUCAAUCUAUUCUUGAUAAUUUUAAGGCGAGGUUUAAUUGCGGUAAAAUUUACACUUACAUUGGUGAAGUAUGUGUUACCAUAAAUCCUUAUCGAACCAUGAACAUUUAUGGCCCCGGGGUUAUCAAUGAUUAUAAGGGCCGAGAAAUUUUUGAACGUCCACCUCACCUAUUUGCAAUCGCUGAUUCAGCUUAUAAAACAAUGAAGCAACAAAUCAAAGAUACCUGUAUAGUUAUUUCCGGUGAAUCUGGUUCAGGUAAAACGGAAGCAUCAAAGAUAAUAAUGAAUUAUAUUGCCGCAAUUACCAGGAAUCAAGGUGAAGUUCAAAGAGUUAAAAAUGUUUUACUCAAUUCAAAUUGUAUUCUUGAAGCUUUUGGUAAUGCGAAAACAAAUCGUAACGAUAAUUCAAGUAGAUUUGGUAAAUACAUGGAGAUUGUUUUUGACUUUAAAGGAGAUCCUGUUGGUGGACAUAUAAACAAAUAUCUAUUGGAAAAAUCUCGAGUAAUUAAACAACAUGAAGGUGAACGUAAUUUUCAUUCAUUUUAUCAACUAAUUGCUGGUUCAAAUGAUCAAACACUUACUCGUCUUGGUUUGAAGAAAGAUCCUUUAACUUAUCGUUACCUGUCUCAAGGUAAAACACCAAUAGUUGUUAAUAUUGAUGAUCGGAUGGAUUUUCGUAAAGUUACCAGUGCAGCGACGAUUCUUGGUUUUACCGAAGAUGAAACGGAACAUAUUUGGAAAAUUUUGGCCUCCAUUUUACACCUUGGUAAUAUUGAAUUCGGUUGGGAUGAGGAGAAAGAGGUUUCCUUCAUUUUGGACUCAUCUAAGCGUCACAUUGAAUAUAUGUGUCGACUAUUGUCCAUCAGUGAAAAAGAUUUAACUGAAAGUCUAUGUCAACGGGUUAUCGCUGCGGGCGGUGAUGUGGUCUCAAAGAAACACAAUGUCUCUGAGGCCAGUUAUGGUCAAGAUGCUUUUGCUAAAGCCAUUUAUGAGCGUCUCUUUUCAUGGAUUACCGAUAAGAUUAAUGAAGCGAUUAAAGUUGAUGAACUUACUCGAGAUCAAUUAUCUUAUUGUGGUAAACGGACUGUUAUUGGUGUUUUGGAUAUUUAUGGUUUUGAAAUUUUCGAUAUCAAUUCAUUUGAACAAUUAUGUAUCAAUUAUUGUAAUGAAAAAUUGCAACAAUUGUUCAUUGAAUUGGUACUUAAACAGGAACAAGAAGAGUACCAAAGAGAGGGAAUUGAAUGGAAACACAUUGAUUACUUUAACAAUUCAAUUAUUUGUGACCUGAUCGAGGAGCCGCAUAAGGGUAUAAUCGCUAUUCUAGAUGAGGCCUGUCUUAAUGUUGGAAAAGUUACCGAUGAAAUUUUACUGGAAAAUAUGGACAAAAAGCUAUCCAAUCAUGCUCAUUAUGUUAGUCGGCGACUUCGUCCAGCAGAAAAAAGUCUUGAACAUAAUCGGGACUUUCGAGUGAAACAUUAUGCCGGUGAUGUGACUUAUAGUAUUAAAGGAUUUCUCGAUAAAAAUAAGGAUACACUUUUCCAAGAUUUCAAACGCCUGUGUUACAAUUCAACCUCACCUUUGAUCAAAUCAAUGUGGCCCGAUGGCGCUCAACAUGUGAUGAAGGUUAACAAACGACCUUUAACAGCGGGGACUCUUUUUAAGAGUUCGAUGAUUGCACUGGUCAAUACUUUAAUGUCCAAAGAACCUUUUUACGUUCGUUGUAUUAAACCAAAUGAUAAUAAGUCUCCGGUCAUUUUUGACGUGGUUAGAGUUCAACAUCAAAUUGAAUAUCUCGGUUUGUUGGAAAAUAUUAGAGUUCGUCGAGCUGGUUUCGCUUCCAGAAUGACCUAUGAUCGUUUCUUACGUCGAUAUAAAAUGGUUUCUUCUGUAACUUGGCCCAACUAUCCACCGUCCCUUGGAUCUGACCAUCAUGCUGUCGCCCGUUUAAUGAUGGACUUUCCCGAAUUGGAGACCGAUGUUAGAUAUGGAAAAACAAAAAUUUUCAUUCGUUCACCGCAAACAUUGAACUUUCUCGAAGAAGAGAGAAGUCGACUGAUCCCUCGAAUUGUUAUUCUACUUCAAAAGAUGGUUCGAGGAACAUUAGUUCGACUUAGAUAUCGACGUAUGAAAGCAGCGUUGGUCAUUAUUCGAUUCUAUAGACGAUGUCGAAUACGAGAUUAUCUCCUUGAACUUCUUAGACUUUACGGUGGAGCCAAAAAUCUACCUGAUUUCGGUAAAUCGAUAACCUGGCCAACCCCUCCGUCGACCCUUAAAUCAAAUCGAGGUAUUGGAAUAUUGAAACCGAUCUAUGCCAAAUGGAGAGCGUACAUGGUGCUAAGGAAAAUACCUCGAGAAGAUUGGACUCAAAUGCAUUUGAAGGUCAUUGCAGUUGAAGUUUUACGUGGCCGUAAAACCGAUUGGGGUCACGAUAAACGGUGGGAAGGAAAUUAUUUGUCAAUGAAAAGUAAUAAUGAAAAUUAUGACCUUUUCCAAAGUUCAACACGAAAUUUGGGCAAAGACGCAUUUGAGACAAUACUUUUCUCAAGUUUCAUCAAGAAGGUGAAUCGUUUCAAUAAAACAGCUGAUCGAGCUUUCGUUAUAACCAAUCAAAGUAUCUACAAACUGGACAUUAAAUCAUUCAAACCACUUAAAAGUGGAAUCGCCUUAUCAGAAAUAACCCGAAUUAGUGUGUCCCCUGGUCGUGAUCAAUUAAUUAUCAUUCACAUGAAAAAUUGUAACGAUUUUGUGUUCACCAUAAUCGAUAAUGGAGAUAAUCACAGUGCCCAUAAUCGUACAGGUGAACUAAUUGCCAUUUUAUUGAGACAAUAUUUCACAUUACAUCGACGUAAUUUAAGUGUUUCAGUUGGAGCAACAAUUCAAUGUCAACUUGGUAAUAAACCUAAAUGUAUUACAAUUGAUUCUAAUUGUAAUCAAUCAACACCAGUUUUCAAGAAAACUGCUAAAGACAAGAUCUCCUUCUCAUGGCCUGCCAACGUUAAUUAAAUUAACAAUUAAAGGUUAUAAUUGAGAGAAACGAUAAAUACAAUUCAACACCGAAUGUAAAUAAUUUCCUUAGAAAUGUAUUAAUCAAUUACGAUGAUUAUUUUAGUCAAAAUUUAAUUGCUGGACGCAAUUGAAAGGAAAUCCCAAAACAACAACGAUCAACAAUCAACGAUUUUGUUAUACUUACUUUUCCUAAUCUCUCCUCUCCUAAUCAACAAUUAACAUUUUUUUUUAAUAGUCUAAUACAAAUUAAAUUAAUAUUGUAUUCUCACUGUUAUCUCACUCACCAUGAACACAAUCAAUUGGAAACAAUUGAAUUGUUAAUGUAUUUUAACAAUUGAACAACAAAUUUAAUUCUAAUUUUGAAAACUCACAA